AUACUUUGACAGAUCUUCCGAAUAUAUUGAAAGAAGGGGAGGGUAUUUAAUGAUUGGUUUCUUUUGCGAAUAAAGUGAAAUAAAGCAAGUAAAUACCACUCCUAAUUUCACGUGACGACUUUUGAAGUUGUUCAUUAUAUUGGUUUAUGUUUGUAAUCGAAAAUUAUAAAAAUGAGGAUGUUACUAGGUAAAGUUUUUGCUACAGUGGGUUUAUCAACAAUAACGAUUCUGACACUUUAUCAUGUGCUCACUGGAAAGGGCGAAAGAAUAAGUGUUGGCUGGUUUCUUGAAGAAACAACCCCUCAUAUGUGGGCCACUAUUGGUAUUGGACUCUCAGUAGCAUUAUCAGUAGUAGGGGCUGCUUUAGGAAUUCAUACAACAGGUGUUAGUAUUAUUGGAGGAGGUGUAAAGGCUCCCAGAAUAAAAACAAAAAAUUUAAUUUCUGUAAUUUUUUGUGAAGCAGUAGCUAUAUAUGGUUUAAUAACAGCAAUAGUGUUGUCUGGAAAUUUAGAGGAUUUCUCUUGGAAAGUAAUUAGAGAGCAUGAAGACAUUCGAGAAAAGAAUUGGAUGGCAGGCUAUCUUAUGUUUGGAGCUGGCAUUGCAGUCGGUUUUGUGAAUUUAUUUUGUGGCGUUUGUGUAGGAAUUGUGGGCUCUGGAGCUGCUUUAGCUGAUGCUGCAAAUUCAGCACUAUUUGUUAAAAUUUUGAUUGUAGAAAUUUUUGGAAGUGCUAUAGGACUUUUUGGAUUAAUUGUGGGAAUUUAUAUGGUUUCUAAGGUAUCAAUGGGCGAUAGUACACAUUAAAGAUAACUUUUUUGUUAUUGUUCUCAUCAACAGUUAUACAUACAUAUAUAUUAUAGCCAAAUAGUUCAGAAAUUAGCUGUAUCAAAUUGUUAAUGUGAGAAAUAUUACUGCACGUUGUAUUUAUAAUUUUUCAUAAGUAACUUGUAUAUAAUUACACUUAUUAGUUGUAUCAUUGUUUUCAGUAAAAUAGUUGAUGUGUACAAAAUUA